AUGGGUAUGAACCCUAAGUUAAUUAGUCGUGUUUGUAAUUCCACUGUUCUCUCCAACAAAACGGAACAAGAAAGAAUGGUCGAGUGCAAGCAGAUUGAGUUGCCAACACCUUUGCCACUUAGUCUACUUCGAAAUGAUCGAUCAACAUUGACAACUAAUGAAUGGACUCUUCUGUCAAAUAUUCUUCAUGCAUUUGAUGAACAGAAUCCUUCUGCACAAAUUCAAUCUUCCCUUCACGAAUUAUCUUUAUUGCCUCCUAAACUACGUUUGAAAUCAUCGGAUACAUACAAUAUGGUUGGUCAAUUUUUUACCGGUAUUCAAUCAUUCAUUGAACAUUCACCAAAUUUGCAUGCUCUAUCGAUUGACGCUCGUCGAGUUCUUACUAAACACAAUUUAAGCUCUACCGGUGCAUAUAAUGGAAUUUUUCUUUGUCGUGAGCUUGAUCUAUACAAUAAUUCAGUUUUUUUUAAUGCUGCCAGUGCAUAUUACGGAGCUGAAUUUCUGAUGGAUUGUUCGAGGAAUUCUGCGCGAUGUGAUCCAAAUGGCAGUCUUAUUAAAAUAAUGCUAUUUGUCAUCAUAUUCUCCAGCAAUUGUUCAAUUGUUACAUUUGAUGAGAAAGAACAUAUUAUAAUUAUAUCGAAAUCAAUGGAUCUUGUUAGAAUUCAAAAUGUACACGUAACAAUAUUAUGGAAAUAUUUGGUUUAUCUAUAUGGGUUUAAGGAAGCAGCGCUUCGAUUUUCUUCCCUUGUGAAAAAUAUUUUAGACGUAACGCAUAUGUUAGAGUUAAUGCCUAAAAAUGAAAUACACAAUACGAUGGUGGAGACUAUUGCAAUAGAAACAGAACGUGUCUUACUGGUAAAAGAUUGA